ACAUAUUGUACUGUAAUGGAAAUGCAUCACGUUCGUUGCUAUAACAACGAUUGUACAUACAUUGUAUGUAUGUACAUGCAUAUGUACAUACACUAUUGUGCACCGUGAAAUUAUGCUGUAUACCAUAUUAAGUGUACAGUGUUGUACAUAUGUGUACUUAUAUGAUAUAUAUGUAAAUAAUGUUAAAUGCGAACACUAAGACUCAUAUUUAAUAAACAAUUCGUUUGGUUAUGUGUAGGAAAUUCUCCUAAUUAAUAUAAUUCUGUAAUCAAUCGAAAUACUAUGUAUUAAAAAGUUAUUUAUAUAAGAGAAGGUCAUUAUCUCAUACUGGUUUUGUAACCAAAUAUGCAGACAGAAGGUAUAGAAUAGACAAAUUUGGAGUGACAUAUUUGAACUAAAGACACAAUGGGUGAUGCAUUGGAUUUUUUUACAAAAUAUCACAAUAUAUCCAAUAAACUAAAAAAACGAUUCUUGAGGAAGCCAAAUGUUGCUGAAGCAAGUGAUCAAUUUGGAAUCCUGGCUGCAGAAUGUGAGCAAAAAGAAUUAUGGCAAUAUGCAGGCUUGUGUUUAUUAGCUGCAGCUAGGUGUCAGGGGACAUUAGAUAAUAUAUUAUUUGAAUUAAAUUUUUUGAUCAAAGCAGGUAGAGAAUUUCUUGUGGCGAACAAGAAAGAAAAAGAUAUAGGGUGUCCUCCUGUUGGACAAGAGAAUACACAGGCUGCUAUAAGUUGCUUUGGCCAUGCUCUAGCACGUUGUCAGAAUCAAACAGGAUUUAGUACAAUGUCUGCUGGAUUAGCUUUAGAAUUGGCAAUAGCUCUAGGCCCUACUCCAGCAGGUAUACAACAAUUAUACAAAGCUAUUGGCAUUUUUCCAACUGUAAAAGCUAUUAGUACAUUGGUAUCUUAUCAUAUUAAGCAAGGAGAUUAUGUAUCUGCUCUACAAAUUAUUAAUGAGCUUGUUGAAUUUAUUGAAAUUUAUAUCAAUACGGGAGCAAAAGGGAACUACAGUGUUAUACUACAUAGGUGUGAAGUAACUAGAGUAUUACUGCUACUUAUACUUCAACCAUCACCACAAAGGCUAGCACCUUCUUUGGCUCAAGUUCUGGAGAAGUAUGCAUGGAUAGAAGAAUCUUCAAACGUCGACUUCAAUAUGAGUGAAGACGAAUUGCUACUAUUACAAUCUUUAGUAUUGGCAUCUCAAUCGCAUGAUUACCAAGCACUACUGGAACUGGAGGGUGAAUUGUGGCCCUACUUGGAUGCAGAACAAAGAGAGUUAUUGCAUAAGUUAAUUCAAGUAUUAACGACACAAUGAAUAAACAUUGUAAAGACAAUAAAAAAAGGGAAAAAAAGCUUUGUAAAUACUUUUAUAAACGCACCCAGCGUUUUAUCUUUGUCUGUUUUAUAAUGGUCCAAGAAUAGAUUGCUUUGAUUAAACAAA